AGAUCGUAUAUAAACCCUCCAAGGUCACAGCCAGCUUCAGGCUGUAGCAGAGGUGUUUGAAACUCCUCUACCACUUUGGGGCUGCCAGCGGAGUCCUGUGCAUAGAAAUACUGUUUCUCUGCUGCUCUUUCAGACGGUGAAGGAAUAUCCCUUCACUUGAAAUCCUCCCCACGAUGCUGUUGCUGCUGCUUCUGCAGGUCUUGGCGAGCUGCCUCUGGCUGGGACGCAGCGAGGUGGUGAUAUCCUUUGAAAGUUGUCCUCAGUUUUUUUUCUGGGAAACAACGCCAAAUGAUGCCCUGGUACCAGAAAACCCAGCCUGGAUCUGCCAGCUCUACAACAACCAGUAUCACUUUGCCACCCUGUACAACAGAGACCUGCGUAUUCCCGCAUACUCUGCUUACAUCUACCAGCCUGGACCUGGCAAGAGACCUAACAGCUGGCUCGUUGAGCCCCAGCUAAUGGGUCAAACGUAUCCCAAAACUAUGGAAAGAGAAUGGACCCUCUUAAAUUAUUUCAACAUCAGCUUAGAGCAACUCAGUGAGAGCCAGGCUAUCCUCAAGGACUACAAGAACCUGACGGGUUUGAACCGUGGCCAUUUGAACCCCAGUGGCCAUCACUCCAACUCCAGCAACAGGACAGCUACCUUCACCCUCACCAACAUAAUCCCACAGAAUGAGAAACUGAACGGUGGUGCCUGGAACAACUAUGAGCAGCAAACCAUGAUCAGUAAGACCAAGGGCUGCACCACCACCUACGUCAUCGUGGGCGCUGUGCCUGGGAACAACUAUAUCGCUAAGGGGAGGGUUAAUAAACCCAGUUACAUCUGGUCCAGUGCUUGCUGUGAGAUGGGCAACAACCAGAGGAAGACUUGGGCUGUCAUUGCUGAGAAUGACAAGAAUGAAGUCGAGCACCUCACACUAGGUGAACUAGAGAACAGGUUGACCAAGCUCUACAACAGGGGCCAGGUAGCUCUGUUUCACAAUGAGUGUCCCCGCCAAUAAGGCCCGCUUCACAUGCUGGCUGUAAAAGGCUUGUGACCCUUCACUAGAAGUGACCCUUCACCACUAGAAGCAUCACCACAUUUCCCAUGCAGCAUCUGUCUUAAUUCCUCCUCUAGUUGUUUUCCAGAUCUGUCCCUCAGAGCACAUUCUCCACUGGUUAAAGGGAAAAAGAGGUCAGCAGAGCCUCCAGCUGCUUUGCUUUGCUGCCCACCCUUGGAGGGAGUCCUUGCCCUGGCCACUCUGAGCGACAGGUUGGAAAACAACCCAUGGGCAAGGAAAUCAGAGCUUGUCACUGAGACUAGAACAGCUUUCCUUGUUUUUCCCUUUUCUCCAUGCCCAUCUAUAGAUUGUAGCUCCUUCCUCUCCUCCUUAGAUCUCACUGAUAAUGUGCUGGCGACUUGUCCCUCACCUCCUCAGAAGCAGGUGGCUCAGGUUGCCCAGAGACAUUAUGGGGUCUCCAUUGCUGGAGACAGUCAAAACCUGACUGGACACAGUCCUGGACAACCUGCUCUAGAUGACCCUCUUUGAGCAGGGCUCUGCUCCAGAUGACCUCAAGAGGUCCCUCCCAACCUCAGCAACUUGCUGACUCUGUGAUUUAUCCAGGGACCAUGAAAGCAAAGAGCCCAAGGAUUGCUGAGAGCCUGGUAGCACUAUCCUAUAAAUGCUUGCUGACCAACACAGCCAGCGACCACAGCAAAGGAUAAAGGGAGAGAGGAAGGUGAGAAGGGGAAGACAACCAAGCACAGGAGGAACAUCCCAGCUCUCCUGAACUCUGUAGAUAGGUAAAGCAAGGAGAAGGAAGGAAAUAACCUACAUCAGUCACUAGGCUCCCUGUCCCUGAACUUACGAGCUGGCCGUGCUUCUAUCAAUUUACUAGCUUGUCUUUGCUUGCUUGCUUUUGGACCGUGCACCAUGAGAGCAGGAGCUGAGGUAUCAGAGAGCCGGGCUCAGGCAUCAGAUAUACAGCAGGCUCUGACCACUCAAAGGUAAAUUGCUGUGAUACACUGGCUGGAUUUCAUUCUCUGCUCUACUUCUGAACCUGUUCUGCACAUUUCUGUGUAACCCAUUCUGUGAAAGAUCUUCCAUGGGUGUGAAAGGUCAAUGUAUGCCAUGCAAUUUAGUUCCUGAGUAGCAGACAAUAAAAAGUAUUUGCUGCA